AGUCAAUAAAUUGUUGUUAAUUGCACUGACUCCUGAAAGCGGCUGGAGGACCAAACUGCGGCUUGCGGGACAUCACAGAGAUGAAGUGGUUUUCGUACCUGAUAGCUGCAGGUUUUUUCCUCUGUUUGGAAAGCCAUGUGAAUGCUGAAUCAUGUUUGAGCAGAGAUGUCAUUGAAAAAGCUGUGACUGAAGCCAAGGCCACUGUGGACUCGGCUUAUGAGUACUCAAGAAAAGAGAGCAUCGACCGUGUGAGGAGGAAUGCAGCGAGUCCUUCAGACGUCCUGCGACUCCUGAAGCAGCCUGCUGGGCAGACCCGUAAUGCUGUGCGUGCUGCAGACUACAUGAAUAUUGCUGUGACGCUGCUCAAGAGGUCUCUGGAAAAACGUCAAAAACGCUCCAUCAAUGCCACUGAUCUGAUCUCUAAAAUGGAUCUGCAGGUCGUCGCUGACCUGACAGGCUGCUCCCCCCGACAUCGAGUCCCUUCUUGCAAGACGACUCCCAAUUUAGACAAGUUUCGCACAGCAAGUAGUGUCUGCAACAACAGAAAAAACCCUCGGUUGGGGUCCGCCAACACACCUUUUACCCGCUGGCUUCCUGCUGAAUACCAGGAUUAUAUCUCUCUUCCCAAAGGCUGGGACCCUAGGAAAAGGGUCAACAAACGUUUUCUACCAUUGGUAAGAGUAGUGUCCAACCGCAUUCUGCGAACAGCUAAUGCUGAUGUGGAGAGCGACCCACUCUACACUCACCUGGUGACCAUCUUCGGCCAGUGGACUGACCAUGACCUGACCUUCACUCCUCACUCUCCUGUCAUCCGCUCAUUCAGUAAUGGUAUUAACUGUGACAAGAGCUGCGAACGCACAGAGCCCUGUUUCCCCAUCCAGAUUCCCAGGAGUGACCCUCGAUUCACAAACCGAGAGGAGUGUAUACCCUUCUUCCGUUCAGCAGCAGCUUGUGGUUCUGGCAACACAGGCCACAUCUUUGGCGGAAGCAAUGUCCGUCAGCAGAUGAACUCAAUCACAGCUUUCAUUGACGUGGGCCAGGUGUAUGGUUCAGAUGAUACCAAAGCUCGGUUCCUCCGUAACCUCACCACAGAUCAGGGCCUUUUAAGGGUCAACACACGGUACACUGACAACGGCCGUGAACUCCUGCCCUUCACCAACAUGGGUGCCAACCUGUGUGCGACACGAGCUCGCAUUACCAACAACACCAGUGUUGAGGAGGUGCCCUGCUUUCUGGCUGGUGAUGAGCGCUCAAAUGAGAACAUUGGCCUGACCUCUCUACACACACUGUUGAUGCGUGAACACAACCGUCUGGUACGUGCACUGGCCAAACUCAAUCCUCAGUGGGACGGAGAGAGACUCUACCAGGAGGCCCGCAAGAUCAUGGCAGGCUACUUCCAGGUUAUCACCUUCAGAGACUACCUGUACCACAUUGUCGGUCCAGACUUUCAAAAGAAGCUGUCCACCUAUCCUGGAUAUGAUGAAAAUGUGGACCCCAGCAUCUCCAAUGUGUUUGCUACAGCUGCCUACCGAUUUGCUCACCUGAUGGUUCAGCCAUUCAUGUUCCGUCUUGAUGAGAAAUACCAGGAGCACCGUGAUUACCCGAGCCCGCUCCUGCACAAAGCCUUUUUCACACCAUGGAGGGUCGUUUUUGAAGGUGGUUUGGACCCAAUCCUGCGGGGACUGGCGGGUCGCCAGGCCAAGCUAAACACACAGAAUAACAUGAUGAGUGAUGAGCUGAGGGAGAGACUGUUUAAAUUCUCCACUGAGCUGGCGCUGGAUCUGGCCUCUCUCAACAUGCAGAGAGGCAGAGACCAUGGACUCCCUGGUUACAACAAAUGGCGCAAGUUCUGUGGGCUGACACAACCACAAAAUCGGAGACAACUGGCAACAGUGCUGCAAAAUGAUAGACUGGCCAGGAACCUAAUUGCUCUCUACGGCAGACCAGACAACAUUGAUGUGUGGCUGGGAGGAGUGGCUGAGCCGUUUGUCCGUGGUGGUAGAGUGGGACCCCUGUUUGCCUGUCUUAUUUCCACUCAGUUCCAGAGAAUCCGCCAGGGAGACAGACUUUGGUGGGAGAACAAGAAUGUCUUCACUGAAGCUCAGAGGGAGUCCCUGAAGGACACAUCACUUGCCCGCAUCAUCUGUGACAACACUGGCAUCACUGAAGUACCAGAGGAGCCCUUCCAGUACAGGCCCAGAGGGUCCCGUUACACUCGAUGCAGAAGAAUCCCUGCUUUUGACCUCAGUCCAUGGAGGGAGAAUAUUGUGUAGAAAUCUUGCUGUGGACAGCUUCAUCUGUACAUCUUUCAUCACACUCAAAACAUUAAUGAUAUAUAUCUGCUGUGUAUUGCUAUGUACUUGUAUUUUUCUAAUCUAAUGAACAUAAAUGUGAACCAUCUGUUACUUUCUAGGCAAGGCAAGGCAAGGCAAGGCAAGGCAAGUUUAUUUGUAUCACACAUUUCAACUAAAAGGCAAGUACUUUACAUUAAACAUUAAAAGCAUUGGGGGGGUUAGCUCACUUAGUAGCGCCGGCGCCCUAUGUGCAGAGGCUUGAGUCCUCCUGCAGAGACCACGGGUUUUACUCCGACCCUGGCCCCUUUGCUGCAUGUCUUCCCCCACUCUCUCCCCCUUCACGCUGAAUACUGUCCUGUCAAAUAAAGGCUUAAAAAAAAAAAAGUGUUUUGAAGAAACACAUAUAAAAUGACAUUGAAAUACAAGCAUUAAAAAGAGAAAACAAAAACAUGCUAAAGUAGAAGAACACAGGGAAUAAAAUUUACAGUGCAGUUCAAGAAAUGUAUUAAUAGUUUAUUUACUGGAAGGCAGCGACAAACAGAAAAAUCUAGUCUUUUUAAGUCUUGAUUUUAAAGAACAGAGAUGCAGCAGACUGCAGUUUUCCGGGAAUGUGUUACAGAUAUGUGGAGCAUAUAAAACUGAAUCGCCAUGUUUAGUUCUGACUUCGGGCAUAGUCCCUGUCUUUUAAAUAGGAUUCAAACCAGUUUAAUUCUGUGCCAGACAGUCCCAGACAGUUUUCCAGUCGGUCUAGUAAAAUGUUGUGAUCGACCUUUUCGAAUGCAGCACUGAGAUCCAGUGAAACCAACACUGAAACUCUGCCAUUGUCUGUGUUUUAGAUAUGUAUAAGAUUUACAUCAGCUCAAGUGUAGCACAGUAUAUGAGAGAUUCUCAUUAACAGCUAUGACUCUUUCUUUAAAUUUUAUGACACUAAUUCUGGUGAAGAUAUCAUUUUUUAUUCUGUACAACACUAAAACGAGGAGAAAAUAAAUGACUACACAGCAUA